CUCUCAGACCCCGCACGAUGGACAUGGAUGACGCGACAGUUACAGUUUGGGACGGCUCAGAGAAGUCUCUCGAGACCUACGCGCAAAAUGUGGAGCUCCUAGCGUUGGGAACCAACGAGGAGCAGCGGCACCUGAUAGGACCAAAAAUGAUGAGAGCGCUGCUGGCACAACCUGCGCAGAAAAAGCUGGCCAUGAGACUCAAUCGAUCCGAUGCGACCGACAAGCACGGCCAGCCUAUAUGUCCAGAGCCACCCGCUUGCUACAAGGGCGCGGAGAACCUGAUCGAGACAUUCAAAAGAUCGCUCGGCACCCAGGUGAUCGCAGAUGUCGGCGAAAGGACUGAGAAAUACUUCUACGGAGGACCCGGGAGGACGGAGGUGACCAAAAAACACGGCCAGACCAUGUCACAGUGGAUCGAGACGGAAGAAGAUCUGUACCAUGAGCUGUUUAAGGCCUGCAAGACGAUCGCGCCCGAUCUCCGAGACACUCUGCCUGAUCAGGACGCCGCCGACGAGGUGUUCGAGCCGUACAGCGUGGGCGCCAUCGAGGACGAGGUGACGGCCGAGGAGGCGCAGGACGAAGAGGACGCACUGGCGCUGGAGGAGUGCGUGGCCAUGUCCGGGAGCCAGGCGGCGGCGAGCAGGACGUGGGCGGAGGCUGGCAAGAUCCGGCGCGCCAGGGACCCAGCGGACCUCGAGUGCCCCCCCGUGUGCCCCGAGAAGGUGCAGGACGCGCGAGGUCCCCACGGGACAGUGGGCUGCCCGUACCAGCACAAGACGGAUCAGCAGAGGAACUCGACGGGUGUCGAGAUCGAGGAGGCGGACGAGUCCACGCAGCUGGCAGGCUGCGCGUCCCAGUGGGGCGGCCCCGACGGCCAGGAGCAGAUCUGCCAGGCCCUCGGCUCAGACGAGAUACAGUACGACGAGCAGGUCAGGGUCAACUUCGCCUACCCGAACAACACGAAGGGCAAGAGCCUGGGAGCUGCAGGGGCGGACGUCACGCACGACGGCUACCUGGUGUACAGCGACGGUCACCGUGAGAGGCUGAUGGCUGACGGCUACCCCGAGAUCGUUCGCUUCGCUGAAUAG